AUGAAGAUGGUGAUCAUCUUACAAGAAGCUGUACACAGUGUGGUGACAAAGAAUUACCAACACAUUCUCACCUUGGUGUUUGCAAUCAAAGAAAUAAAUGAAAACCCUCAGAUGUUACCCAACAUCACCUUGGGUUUCCGCAUUUAUGACAGCUAUUUCACUGCCAAAAGCACCUACCAUGCUACAAUGCUCCUUAUAUUCACACCAUGGAAACAUUUCCCAAACUACAAAUGUGACAUUCAGGAUCACCUCAUUGCAGUUAUUGGAGGACUGGACCCACUGACCUCCUUUCACAUGGCAACAGUCUUGGAUAUUUACAAGAUUCCACAGCUCAUAUAUAGCCCUGCUCCAGUGAUGAAUGACAAAACCCCAGGCCUUUCUUUUUACCAGAUGACACCUCAGGAAGCAAUUCAGUAUGCAGGAAUUCUCUCUUUACUUCUGCAUUUUAAGUGGAUAUGGAUUGGAAUCCUUACCUCCAACGAUGAAUAUGGAGAUAGAUUUGUCCAAACUGUAUCUCCACUUUUCUCCCAAGGUGGUAUCUGUUUUGCCUUCAUAGAAAGAAGCCACAAACAAACAAUUGUCAGUGAAAUUAAUAGUAUGUUUACUCAGGGGGCAAAAAUACAUGAUAAACUCAUUGCGAGUAAAGCAAAUGCAGUGCUUGCCUAUGCAGAAUCUUUGGCAAUUGUUUUUUUGAGAUGGCUCUCAUACCUAUCAGAACACCAACAUGUGACAAGUCAAGAAAAAGGUAUUGUGUGGAUACUGACAGCCCAGAUGGAGCUCACAUCUAUCACAUAUCAAAGGACUUGGAAUAUAGACAUGAUCCAUGGUGCUCUCUCCUUCUCAAUUCACUCCAAGGAUCCUUCAGGAUUUCAACAAUUUCUUGAGAAUAGGAAACCUCUGCAUGCAAAAGGAGAUGGCUUUAUCCUGGACUUCUGGCAACAUGCAUUUGGUUGUACAUUCCCAAAUAGAGUAACUGACACAAUGGAUGGGGAUUUCUGUACUGGGGAAGAGAAAUUGGAGAGUCUUCCUGGGCCCUUUUUUGAAACAAGGAUGAUUGGCCACAGCUACAGCAUCUACAAUGCUGUCUAUGCUGUGGCCUAUGCUUUACAAACUAUGUUCUCAUCUAGACUGGGGGCUGAAAGGGGGCUGAAGCUUUGGAAUCUACAGUUCUGGCAGUCCCAUCACUUUCUGAGAGGAGUCUCCUUUAACAACAGUGCUGGUGACCAGGUUUCCUUUGACCAGAAUGGGGAGUUAGUGUCUGGAUUUGACAUUUCCAACUGGAUUUUUUCUUCAAACCAAUCCUUUCAUAGAGUGAAAGUUGGACAGGUGGACCCCCAAGGUCUUCAGGGCAAUGUAUUCAGCAUCAAUGAGAGUGCUAUAACGUGGCACAGCUGGUUUAAUCAGGCAAAGCCUCAUUCUGUAUGUAGUGAAAGUUGUCGUCCUGGUUUUAGCAAGAAAGUGAAGGAGGGGGAUCCAUUUUGCUGCUAUGAUUGCAUCCUAUGUCCAGAAGGGAAAAUUUCAGUCAAAGACGAUAUGAACGACUGCUCUAAAUGCAGUGACGUAAGCUAUCCAAGCAAGAACCAAGAUUCCUGUGUUCCCAGACUGAUUUCCUUCUUGUCUUACAAUGAACCAUUGGGGAUGGCUUUAGCCUUUUUUGCGCUUUUCUCUUCCUUGAUCACAGCUCUGGUGCUAGCAGCAUUUAUGAAGCACCGCAGCACUCCCAUUGUCAAAGCCAACAACCGGAGUCUCACCUACACCCUCCUUGUCUCCCUCUUGCUCUGCUUCCUUUGUUCAUUGCUAUUCAUUGGCCAGCCGCAGAAGGUGACAUGUCUUCUCCGACAAACUGCUUUUGGAAUCAUAUUCUCAGUGGCUGUUUCUUGUGUGUUGGCCAAAACCACCACAGUGGUCCUGGCUUUCAUGGCCACCAGACCGGGAUCCAGCCUGAGGAAUUGGGUGGGGAAGUCAUUAGCUGACUCCAUUGUUCUUUCCUGCUCAUUUCUCCAAGCAGGCAUUUGCUUUUUGUGGUUGGUAACUUCUCCCCCAUUCCAAGAUGUUGACAUUCAUUCAGUAAGAGAAGAAAUUAUAUUGGAGUGCAAUGAGGGAUCUCUGACAUUCUUUUACUGUGUUUUGGGCUAUAUAGGCUUUCUGGCCAUUAUCAGCGUCAGUGUGGCUUUCCUUGCCAGAAAGUUACCUGACAGUUUCAAUGAAGCCAAAUUCAUCACCUUCAGCAUGUUGGUCUUUUGCAGCGUUUGGUUAUCCUUUAUCCCAUCCUAUCUGAGCUCCAAGGGAAAGUACAUGGUAGCUGUGGAGAUCUUUUCUAUUUUAGCCUCUAGUGCCGGGUUGCUGGGGUGCAUAUUUGCCCCCAAAUGUUACAUUAUUGUGUUGAGGCCUGAACUGAAUAACAGGGAACAGAUAAUAAGAAGGAAAGCAUGA